AUGAACAACUCUCAACUUUCGGGUAUGAUACGGCAGCUUCCUUUGCCCCGCCUCCUGCAGCUUUGUUUUGUCGUGAAUACCAUGGAUACUAGCGACGCUGUGGGAGACGCGGCUGAUCCCGACGACAGGCCGUCAUGUAGCACACCCCCUGCAACUGGGCUUCAGUUUCUGUGCGGUGGGCAUGAAGUUUACGUUUGCGAUGAAGAGGCGCUAGGGGAUGGCGGUACUGAAUGGAUGCGUCGUCCUCGCAAGGAAUCUGGCGACAUGGAAGAUGGGAACGAUGCUUGGUGUCCAUCUCCGCGCCCGAUGAGUGACGCUGCAGAGUCAGACGGUGUUGAGGAGUGGGUCGCCUCGCCGCGAGCAGAGGUUGCUGCAGAGCCGGCUGCGACGGUUGCAACGCAGGUUGUCGAUGCAGCCACUCCUGAGUCGACCGGUUCAGUCGCUCUGAAGAAGCGACGAUUUACGCAGCAGGUUCUGCAAUGGGGAACACCGCCGCAGAAGCCUGUCGCUCCACCUCCCCGUCCUGCCCCACCCCCCAUUCGUCCCCUUUCAGACGAGAAGAAGGAGAAGGCGUACCUGAAGGCGCAGAAGAGCUACAAGUCUGAUUGGCUACCAAAGUUUGACUGGCUGAUCAUGGAAAGGACGCCAGAGGGUGACCCGUGUCUGCGAUGCAGUGUCUGCAUGGAGCAUGGGAAGGACAACGCGCGUUAUGGUCGCAAUGGCGCUGGCGAACGUGAUCUACAGAUCGGGUCGAUGCGGUGGCACGAGAACAGCGCGAAGCACGAGGACGCGAUGAACAAGCAGGCUAACCUUUUGCAGAAGAUCGCCGACUAG